CAAACUUUUCAGGGAUCUUUUCUGGCUUCUCCUGGGGGCGUUUCAAAGGCUGGGAAAGCCAGUUUUGCCGGCUGGAUUGGGAUUCAGAGGAAACUGCCUUGAAACUUUUAAGGAGAGGAUUUCUUCAUACUGAUUGAGGAGGUAAACCUCACCUCAGCUGCUAUUUAUGGUUAAAAGAUAAUCUGUAGGAGGGGAGAUACCAUUCAUAAUAAAGGAGAAUUAUAUUUACAAACAUUAACUGGUGGCAUGGUUGUCUUGCUGGAGUGGAACAGAGACAGACAGCAAUGAAAUGAAUGUUACUGCAGCUCCCCUCGUAGGAACAUCCUACUGUGAUCAAAUAUACUGUAAAACAGCAUUGAAGAAACAUUCAGGAACUAGAACAGAGGCUGCCCGAGAAGAUGCAGCAUGUGACCCCUUUAUAAGCUGUCACCACUGGACUCUCAUUCCAGCUCCAGCGACUGUGCACGAGGUACUGUUAAUCUUACAAUCAAAGAAAUGAAGCGGGAAGAUUAAAUGGACAGACUUUUCAAGAUGGCAUGAUGGAUAAUAUAGACAGUUGUAUUCACGCUGAUCAAAACGGAUUCAUUAACAGAGUGUUUAAUGCUUCCCUAGACUCAGAGAAUGCAAAAGGCGCAAUGAAAAUCUGUGAAGCGGACCUCUGUGACCCAAACAAUGUGGGUCAUGGUCUUGGCAAGGAGAAAAGUCAAUUUCAAAAGAAACCUAAAAACUCUGGGAUUUGGAGGAUCCUCAGCAGGAGGAAGACAACAACUGGUUAUGAACGAAGGCCCCAUUCCAUGAUUCUUCCAGGGGAGACCUCAGUCCCCAAAUUAUCAUUCGUAGACAAAGUACGAUUCUUCAAAAAGCUGAGGUCUACCUCAAGGAGCAGAGGAAACAGACACUCAGAAACCUCGACAAUCAACACUGUUCUGAAAGUGGAGGGAGACCCAGAACAGCUGCAUAGCUGGGACUACUCAGCUGAGAUUUAUUCCAAUAGACAUUUGACCAGACACAAAGCUUUCCGGCACUCUUAUGGAGGCCACAUCAGGGACAUGGACUGUUCAUUUGAAGAUGUAGAUUUAACCAACCCUUCGGAAAAUGCGAUCAAUGAGAGCAACUUGCUCAGGGAAAUUUACAGACAGCAAAAUGGCAGUGGGAACAUGGAGAGAAUAUCUAAUGGGAAGAGAACUCACCCCGUUUUCACGAACAGUAACAGUUCAGUAGUUUGUCAAGAGCAUAUCCUUAGGGAUUGCCCAAAGACCCCGCAGGGAGGAAGACGGGCCAAAGGUGCGGAUGUCUGGAGCUACUUGAAAAACAUUUCUUUCAUGGGGAAAGUGAACUCCGGCAUGGCGGAAAAAAGUAUUGAUUCUGAAUUCCACACCUUGGACAACACCAUUGAUUCAGACUGUAACUCCAGCGUUGAUGGAGAUCCCAACCCCCCACCCAAAAAGACCAGCGAGAGCAAAGGAAGUCAUUUCGGUGGGGUGUUCAGGUUUUUUAGCAGUAUAACACAAACAGCAAGGAGGUGGAGGAGCUCUGCCAGGUCCUCCACACAACCUGCACAGUCCCCUCUGGGAACUCCUUGCAUACCGAGAUCUGGAGUCUUGGCUCAUGGCUUGUCUUUACACUUAGGGAACGAACAACAGCCCUUGCCACCAACGGCCAAGCCUGUUCUGUCUCCGGAAUCUGGUCUGUGUGACCACCUAACUCCGAAAAUGUUAUCAGGAGCCGAGUCCGCUCAAGUAACUAUAAAAUCAAGGUCCAGUGAAGAUUCGUUGAUCCCCAACGGUUACUCCCCUAAAAUGAUAGCUGAACCUGAAGCUCUUCCAAGUGUACCUCAGGGAUCUAUCAGUACUCCAGCUUCCAGCAGAGACCAUUCCUCAAGUGAAGGGGGGAUUCACCUAGUAAACAGGACAAGGCUGGAAAACACCCUUCUCCAGGAUUUGCACACUGAAGGAAAAAACACUGAAGACCAACCUGUUUUAAAGGGGUGCUCACAUCAUAAACAGGAGCAGCAGGGCUACAAUACUGACACAACCAGGGAACAUGGAUUACAGAAGGCAGCUGCACUCAACCACUCAGGAAGGCAGGAAGAAAAGGAUCAGGUGGAAGACCUCCCUUUGGAGAAUGAAAAUAAGCACCUUCAAACACCAACAGAUGCCAAUAGCAGCCUAUCGGAUUGGAAGGCCACUUCCCCAAAAUGGAAGAAGCGGCGCCCAGCAUCAGCCUACAGCAUGAUGUUAAAUUUGCAGUGUCCAAUCCCUGAAGAGGGGUCCAUUGUGACAUCACAACCCAAGCCUGCUGAGCAAGAUAACUGCGUGGGCCUGCGCCUUGCAGAGCAGAACUCUCCAAACAUUCCAUCUAAGUUCCAGACGAAGAGGCCCCUUGUGAGACAGAGACCCCACUCUGUGAUAGAGGGUGCUGCCGUGGACCAUGCAGAGGUUCUACAUCCACCCAGACCUGCGUCUCGUCCUCCUGGACUCUGCCCUCAGGAGCCCAAUUUCCGUGCCACUGCACUGCAGAGAUGUUGUUCCCUUCCCCUGUCCCAGAGCACUCCUACUGGGCUGGAUGAGAUGGGGUGGAGGGGACACACGCUGCACAAACCAGCUGAGGUUCCUCUGGGUACGGAGACCGCGAGGGUGUGUGACAGAGGUGGCGAUACCACAAUCAGAAGAAGACUGCUGAAGCUGGGAGCCGAACAACUUCAAGUUAAUAAAUUGAUCAGUGGUGGUACUCUCGUUAGUGCUGAGGCAGUAUGGGAUCACGUCACCAUGGUCGACCGGGAGCUGGCAUUUAAAGCAGGAGACGUUAUCAAGGUCCUUGAUGCAUCCAAUAAGGACUGGUGGUGGGGACAGAUAGACGAUGAGGAAGGAUGGUUUCCUGCCAGCUUUGUGAGGGUUGAAUCCUCCCCUCCUCAUCCACAAACAAAAUCGAAUUUCUAUGUCAACCCGUUAGCAGCCUCGAGAUAUCAAAAUACAACUUCCAAGCUAUGGGUAAACCAGGAAGAUGGUGUGGAUGCUGUAGAGGGGACCAGCGAGGUCCAGAAUGGCCACCUGGACCCCAGCAACGACUGCCUGUGCCUUGGCAGGCCGCUGCAGAACAGGGACCAGAUGAGGGCCAAUGUGAUCAAUGAGAUCAUGAGCACGGAGAGGCACUACAUCAAACACCUGAAGGACAUCUGUGAGGGUUAUCUAAAGCAGUGCCGAAAGCGGAGAGACAUGUUCAGCGACGAUCAGCUAAAAGUGAUCUUCGGGAAUAUUGAAGACAUUUACAGAUUUCAGAUGGGCUUUGUACGGGAUCUGGAGAAGCAGUACAACACUGAGGAGCCUCAUCUUAGUGAAAUCGGCCCUUGUUUUCUAGAACAUCAAGAUGGCUUCUGGAUUUACUCUGAGUACUGUAAUAACCACCUGGACGCGUGCAUGGAGCUCUCCAAGUUAAUGAAAGAUGGCAGGUACCAGCAUUUCUUUGAAGCCUGCCGUCUGCUGCAGCAGAUGAUCGACAUCGCCAUCGAUGGCUUCCUCCUCACACCCGUGCAGAAGAUCUGCAAGUACCCCCUGCAGCUGGCAGAGCUGCUUAAGUACACAGCCCAGGACCACAGUGACUACAGAUACGUGGCUGCAGGCCUGGCUGUCAUGAGAAAUGUAACCCAGCAGAUAAACGAGCGGAAGAGGAGACUGGAGAAUAUCGACAAGAUCGCGCAGUGGCAGGCCUCUGUCCUGGAAUGGGAGGGUGAUGACAUUCUGGACAGAAGCUCAGAGUUGAUCUAUACCGGGGAGAUGUCAUGGAUUUACCAGCCAUACGGAAGAAAUCAGCAGAGAGUUUUCUUUCUGUUCGACCACCAGCUGGUCCUCUGUAAAAAGGACUUGAUACGGCGGGACAUUCUCUACUACAAGGGACGCAUCGAUAUGGACAGGUAUGAGGUGAUGGACGCGGAGGACAGCCGUGAUGAUGACUUCCACGUCAGCAUCAAGAACGCUUUCAAACUGCACAACAAGGACACGGAAGAGAUCCACUUAUUCCUCGCAAAGAAGCUGGAGGAGAAGCUACGGUGGCUCAGAGCUUUCCACGAAGAACGCAAGAUGGUGCAAGAAGACGAGAAGAUAGGGUUUGAAAUCUCCGAGUAUCAGAAGAGACAGGCAGCUAUGACUGUGCGAAAAGUCAGUAAACAGAAAGGUGCAGCCCAAACAAGGUCUGUUCCCCCCUCCUACCCCCCUCCCCAGGACCCGAUGAAUCAGGGACAGUUCUUGGUGACUGACGGAAUGGUCCAGAUGGCCCAGUCCCAGGUAUUUGAGUUUGCGGAACCCAAACGGGGCCAGUCUCCCUUCUGGCAAAACUUCAGCAGGUUAACGCCGUUUAAAAAAUAGAAGAAGCAAGGUUUUUUUUUUUUUUUAGAAGGACAACCUUAUUUUUUUGAGAAGGACUGUACUGUAAAACAAAAACAAAAAUACUGAUCAAUAAGUUAACAACUAAAAAGGAACAAUGUGAUUUGGAAUGCUACUGAUUUCGAGAUGGCCGCUACCACGGAACCCGGGAACUUGCAAAAAUCCUUGAUCGAAACACUCUUGUGUUCUGUCAGAUCCUUUUCUUGUUGGCUGUGCCCUUCGGGAAAGAGAACAGGACAACAUCAUUCUUCUUCUUCUUAGCAGGAGAACUGCGUCAACACAUAUUAUCUAAAAAGAAAAACAAACGAGAAAAACCAUUUCAAUAUUUGUGCCAUUCUGAGUGCGCUUUGUAGUGCACAGUGCUAUGGAUGGACAUUUCUUUUGCUUUUCUUGUUUCUCGCUGUUUUUUGGGGAUGUCAGUAUUAUUACGUGGCAGGUUGUUCUGGCUGAGCAAAGCAAGGUUUAGUCUGGUAAUAUUUUAUUGCAUAUUUUAAAUGUUCUGUUACUACUAAAUACUGCAUGGACUGGUCAGUUCACAUGCAGGUAUUAUAUGUUCAAUGGUAUUCUAAUGGGUCAAGGCACCAAAUCAGCUUGCGGAUUUCUUAAUGAUAUAUAAUGCUGUUGACAGGGUAUUUUUUUUAUCGAGGACCAGAGUAACUUUUUUUUGUUUACAUGUUAUACAGAGAUUCCCGUUCCAAGCAAAAUAAACAGAGGAUACUUUAUAUAUGUAGCUACUGUGUAUACAUUAACCUCUGCUGGAUUCAGCUCCCUCCAGUUACAUUGUAGUUCCAUUCUGUAUUUUAUUUUUAUUAUCUACAGUAGCCCUUCUGCAGGUCACUCUCUGCACAUUAUGAGCGGGACUUUGGUUGCAUUAACAGUGCUUUGCUUGCAUCAAUGAUCUUUCACUUUGACAGCCACGAUUCUGCAUGGAAGUUGACACGUGUCACAGACAGCAUGCACAGGACAUACAGUACAGAGUGUAUGGCAAAAGCAUGAAAAGACCAAUGCAAAACAGCGUCCUGUGUGUCGUUCGUCAUGCAGCGCAGCACUGAUAAAAGAGAAUGAAACAGGUACAACCUAAAGUACAAUAUGGAUGAGUUAGCAAGCACAGUGCAAUAACCCGUGGGUCUUGUGUAGGCAUCUUCAUGACCUCUACAGCAAGCUAUUUCAUUAAUAAUGAUGUAUCUCGUAAGAAAUUACAAAGUACUGGUGGAGGAAGAUAAAAAAUAGAUAGAUAGGUGUUAUUAAAAACUGCCCCAGCAACAUUUUUUGCUCUGUGCAUGAACAGCUAUCUAGAAACAUCCGCUGGCAAGGGACUGAUUUGGGUGAUGCCAACGGCAACCAAGCAACCUUCAUUAACAUGCGUACCCCAUGUUCAUAGACACUAGAGCUAACCCCAGAGCUAAAAAGUAAGCUGGUCCCUAUUGUCCAGAUUUCACUGACAAUUUGUGAAGACCUCGGGUUAGAAUCAGAGUAUUACUGCACUGUGUAUUACAUACUGUCAGAUUCCAGUAUAAAGUGCAUUACUGACAUAGACAGCACCUGCUGACUUUGCACUUGUGCUUCCUAAUUGAGUCGUCCAGAAAGUAUUAUAGAGUGGUUGGACCCUGUUUUACAAACUUUUAUUUUAUUAUUUUUUUAAAAGCCUGUUUUGUUAUCUUAAAAAAAAAAAAAGGUUUGGUAUUUUUCUGUUUUGGAGUUUAGUGCAGAAGUCUGCAAACAACAACGAAAUUAAAAACGUUUUGGGAAUAAUAUAUAUUUUUUUUUAACUCCCCUCUCUCAUAAAAGUGUUGCACUUAUCUGAUAGCACAAUUUAUAUAUGACAUCCAUGCAUGUGUUUGCGCUUCACUUAAAAAAAAAAAAAUUGCCAGGUAAUAUUGAUUUCUACGCAUCAGCUUAAAUUCUUAGUGACAUGGUACCACCCAGCAUUGAUCUUGGUUCAGAUCUUGAUGUGACUGGUAAAUAAUAUAGGGUUAUUCUGGUCGGAUUAUUUCAUUUAAUUUGAUUAGUGAAAUCAGGUUAAUAUCUGGCCUGAAUUUCUAAAAGACAUGCUUAUAAAUAAUUGUCAGCCCAGUUACAGUUCAUUUCUAUAACCCCUGAUUUAUAUUGCUAGCCCAGUUAAUAUAUUAUCUUUCAGGAAUGCAGUGUCCAUAUCUUUAGUCAUAUACAGUAACUGUAUGAACACGCAAGAAAAAUUCCUAUCUAAAAGUUAGCGAGAGGCAUUUGCAGGGGGUUAUGGUAAACCUUUAAUCAAUAAAAAGCUUUUUUUUUAAUCAUUUGGAAAUAUAACAGAGCUUGUCUGCAGUGAGUGAUUCUGUAAGCAGACUCAGAAUGGAAAGAACAAUAUACAUUUUGCACACUAAUCAAGUCCCCUGACAUGCAGAAGUAAUCGUAGUUGAGUAAAUGAAUAACCCUUAUAAUAAUUAUGAAUUACCUUACAACCAACACGCAGCUAAACCAUGUACAUAUUGUAAAUACUAAAGAGCAUAUAUUUAAAUAUUUGUAUUUUAUGUAUUCAACAUAUACCUUAAGUUACAUGCUAGUUUUAGUUUCAAGGUGCUGCAUGCUAAUGACAUUGGAGGUUCUGCACACAUGACACAAACAACAUCAGUUUGUUUUUUUUGUUUUUUAAUUUAAAUUUGUUGUUUCUUAUUUAGGAUAAUCAUAUAAAUCCAUUCAUUACUGUAGUGAUGCAAAGUGGCAAAAGGAAUUCCUAAAAAAAAUCUACUUAUUUUUUCAUUAUUAUCUUUCAACUGUUGAAAGUGUAAAUCAUUUGACUUACAGUAAAAACUGAAAUACAGUCGAUGCUGUCCUUGACUAGCUCUCUAUAAGGACCAGCACAGAACUGUUACUACAGUCUUGCUACUGCCUGCUAUUUAAACCCAGUUCACUACAUUCUAACUGUGUUAGGCUUAAAUACAGGUUUAACCCUAUCAUUUACAACGUGUGUAUCCUGGACACUGUAAUGGCGUGGUGGAAUUGUGAUGCCAAGUAAAAUAGUGUAUUCAGAUAUCUGGAUCUUGCGUUGCUGAAAUCUUACUCAACAUUGUCAGCCCAGUAAUUCAGUCUAGGGUUAGGCUUGCUGUGUUGGUUUAGCUGUGCUAUAUGAACCCAACCUUUUCAAAUUGUAAAAACUCUCAACACCACGCUUAGUAGUUGAUUUUAAAAAGGCAAGACUAAUAUAUAUAUAUAUAUAUAUAUAUAAUAUAUAUAUAUAUAUAUAUAUAUAUAUAUAUAUAUAUAUAUAUAUAUAUAUAUAUAUAUAUAUAUAUAUCAUAGGCAGCUCUGUAAACCAAAGCCUGCAUAUCAAAAAACAUUUUGGAUCAUGACUAAGGGCCAUUUUUGUCAUGUUGCAUGACAGGUUUUUUUUUUUUUUUUGUGUGUUUGUUGUUUGUUUUCAGAAAAAUCAUUCUUGUUUCCAAGUCUAGCAAAUAGGUCCACAAAGGUUAUUGCUACAAACAGGUGUGCAUAAAAGCUAGCUGUCCAGUGUAUGGUACAGUUCAGUACUGAGAGAACGCAAUAAGCUGUUAGUAUGAAUUAAAGGGAACUGAGAAGCUAGAAACGAAAGUAUAUUGAAAAAGGAACAGGGGUUUGUAUUCACUGCAUAGGAAGAAAUAAAGUAUUUUCUAAAGAGAAGUCAUAUUAGUAGAUAUAGUUUAUAAAGCGCUUAUAGUGUCCGUGCCAAAUCUCUUCAAGACUACUUGUAUCUUAAAAGAAAUAUUUCUUAAUGAAACCAAGUUUGACAACUCACAGUUGCACUGCAGUUGCAGUAGCCAUCUCAGUAUCUUCAAGAAUCAUCGAUAUGCCUCAAACAAAUAUUGAAAAUAAUGUUUGGUACAUUGUAAAUAGUCACAUAAGAAAAUAUAUGUCUGCUUGGUGCUGUAAUGUUACAGAAACAAAUGUUCUCUAUUUUUCGUUUAUGGAUUUUAGAUAUAGAAACUUUGUAACUUGGUGAACUGUUAUCAGUGUUGUAUACAAAAGAAAACAAAUAUCAAUAUUUAACAUUGAGCUGAUUGAAUAAAUGAUGCAUACUUAAAGUUAUUUUUAAAUGAUUAUUAUUAUUAUUAUUAUUAUUAUUAUUAUUAUUAUUAUUAUUAUUAUUAUUAUUCCAGCUAUUUUCUUGAUUGAUUAACUGAGCACAAUUUUAAAAGGUAAAACAUGUUAGUAACAAAAAACAGUUUUGAAAAUGUGAACUGACGGAUUAUCAUUCAACAUGUAAAUAAAAUGCAUUAGCAAGAUUUUAUAUUAAUUUGCCAACGUUUAUCUGGCCCACGACUGUGCAAGUAUCUUGAGAGGGUAACCACAGCAGCUGUCUGCUUCCUAGCACAUUCCAUUCUUUAUUCACAUUGUUCUGAUUCUGCUUAUAGAACGAAAGACCUCCAGUGUGUGUCUUCAGAUUGAAGAAGAACUUUUCAAGGUCGGAAAAAAAACAAAAAAAAAUACCCUAGAGAUAUUCCAGUUGCCUGUUCCAGUCCACGUUUUUAUUUCAACCAGGCUCCAAAUGAGAAUUUGAAACUGCUUACCCGUGCACGUAGAAUUAAGAUGGUGAUCCCAGCCUGAGACAAGCCUUCAGUACAUUCCUGGUAGACAAGCAUGUAAAAGUAUUUUUAAUGUGGCUACUGGACCAAAAACCUGACAGAAUGACAAUGGAACAGUAGCAUGACACCAUUGUAUAUGUCUAACCGGAUGAUUUAUCCCAAUGUACACCCUUACACGAGGCCCUAUGCCCUGUUUUCCCAUUGGAGACUUGUCUGUUCUCCCCCUAAGCGAAACACACAACUGGAAGCUUGCUGUACAGGCGAUGACACAAACCAUAGAAAACACUAAGCCACAUAUGUCAUAACAGGCACACAAACAAAAGAAGGGUUUUUUGGAUAGGCUUAGGGGAUGUCAUGUCAUUAUCAGUCUAGGCUGGCUGUUGAGCUGUGCCUCCAAACUGGGCCAGCUCCCUGUGCAAAGCCUACCUAGUUUCUCAGUCUGAUAUGACUCAAAGCACUGGAAACACAGGCGUCUAAAACACCUUUUUUUUUCUCUAUAAACCUUCAUAUUACAUCGAAAAGCAAUGGUCUGGAAAGUGCAUUGUUUACCACAAAACACCUGCAAGUUAUUUUGAACCUAUUUAUAGCCACAGGCUUUUCUUUUUUUUUGUUUUUUUGUUUUUAGUAAUUUUUAGGAGACUCAGAAUAGGAGGCCAUAAAGUAUAUACCAGUCUUGUUUUGCGUAAUUAGGUUUCAUUUUAAAUGGCCAUAGCGAAAUUGCAUGGUGACUCAGACUCCAUGCUCUGGCUGUGCAGAAGUGCUGAUCUUUGCUGUGGAUUUAAUUGGGAGUGUCUCAAUUUCUCUGUCGCUUCCACGUAAUGGGGAGGCAAAAUCAUGGGAUCAGAGGACGCCCACUGACCUUCAGUUCAACUGAGCUGAUGUGGGGGCAUUGCUGAGGCACAGGAACAAGACAUUCUGAAUUGCAGCGCAAAUGGUUAUGAAAUAAUCAAGAUAUUCCUGGAUUCUUAAAUAUGUUUAUGAUGUUGAAUUUUCUGUAAGUUAUAACAUUUAAGUUGUUAAGUUGAUGUGUACAGUACAUUGUACAAUACCAGAGUUCUGAAGUUUCAAUGUAUGUUCUUUUGCCACUUGUUUAUUUGCUACACAAUUAAAUAUGCUGUCAGUCAUGGUAUUAAAGUUGCUUUUCAGUUUUCUUUGCCUUAAUUCCCCUCAUCUGACAGGCCUGACAAGGGGAAGAUUCCACGGGAGAAUUUAAAACAUGCAGAGAAAACGAUCUUCUUCAUUGAUCGCUGAUCCAUUUACUUUUGAUGUUCAAAUGCAAAUAGAGUGACUGGGACAGAUAAGCACAUUUACAAGGGAAAGAGCAAAAUUUAUGGACAAUUUUUAUAAAGUUCAGUGUAAAAGUGCACGUAUACUGCUAGAACAGUUUCAUGCAUACUAAUGUUUGUACAUCAAAAAA